AACUCGUCAUCAGUAUUUAACACACUUGUCACAGCUGCAUUUUGCUAGCGACCGUCUAAGGUGUUUACUUUGACCUUACGGUUUUUUUGUCUAUAAACGCUUUUGUGCAAUUAAAAUCAUUUGUUUAAAUAUUAUAUUUUGUUCAAUAGAUAAAUUAAAUUAAAUUUUUACAAACGCCAAAAUUACUGUAGUCGCCGCCGCAGUUAUUCGCUUUAUAUUAAACCGGCUACUUGACAAUUAGUGCAUUUAUAUUUCAUUUUUAUUUGGAAGAAUAAGAAUGAGUUUAGAAUCUAAUUUUAAAGUGAAUGAAAAUUAUAGAAAUUAAAUAUUUAAAAUGCCUCUUCCGUCCAUCACCGUCAUCCUUGGUGCAAUUUUUAUGAUUUAUGUUUCGUAUUCCGUAUAUACACUAUCGCAAUUAUUUACAACGCUUCAAUGUACAUCGACGCCGUGCUAUACAACGAUUUUAGCUAAACUACCGAAAUUACAAUUGAAUUUAUUUGUAUCGCCGGUCAGCAAUCCGCUUACAAACGAUGUCACGAAAAUCGGAGCUAUUGAACAUUUUGACUAUUACAAAGAGUUGAAGCGUGACUUUUUGGUAGACAUUCCAAGAAAAACAUAUAGAAAUGGUACAAUGUAUUUACAUUUGGUGUUGGUAAAUGAUAUUGGCGUGCAAUUCGAAUGGCGACACUUAAAACGGGAAGGAUUAACCAUACUCCAACGUAUCGCAUUGACUGAAUAUAUGAUUCCGCGGCCGGCAACAUUUAAUUUGCUUAAUGAAAAUGAGAAAGAGCCUAUAGCGUCCCAAAAUCGAAAAACAGUAUCGCAUUGGAAACCAAAAAUUUAUGUUACAUUAUUAACUGAUCAUUUUUCUGUUUCAAAUCAAGACAUACCACCGGAAAUGGGACCUUUGAUAAGAAUCACGAAAGAUAAAGAUAUUCUUCCCAUCGUUCAGAAUGAUUUUCUUAAAACACGAUUGAUCGAUUUAAUUGAAAUGAGUUCAAAUACAACGAAUCUUCCAUUGACGUUCACAUAUACACCGAUUAGUAUUGGCAAACUUCGACUAAUUUUGCAUGUGGAACACGCACUCAGAGCUCUGAAGCAAUUUGGAUUUACAAUCAAAGAUAUCGACGAAGUCAAAGGCAUUUUCUCUGAAGCAAACUUGUAUUUAUUAUGUGGUACUAUGUUCAUUGGUAGCGUUCAUCUUCUCUUCGAUUUCUUAUCAUUAAAAAUGACAUCUCAUUCUGGAGGAAGAAGAAGAGCUACGUGGGCCUAUCGUUACGCACAACUUUGUGGCGAACUUUUAGUCAAAUUGUAAUAUUUUUGUACUUAGUGGAUGAGCAUACAUCACUUUUAGUGUUAAUCCCCGCGGGUAUUGCAACUGUUAUAGAGUUGUGGAAAUCGAAGAAAAUU